CAUUCUGAUAUUGUGGAUAGGCAAUGCAACCAUCGUUACCAAAAUAAUGGCGGAUGGCUUCGACUAUGUGAAUAACGGAAUAUCCUUUUAUAUGUCAUUUUGUCACCAUAUCCAACGUGAAUGCUAACUAUAAAGAGACAGAAACUGGAGAUGCCCGUUGAUGAUCCAAUCCCGGCGCGAAAGAGAAGUCUUCAGGCGGAAUUGGAGUUGAUGAAGGGCGAGGUGGAGCAGGUAGAACAUCGCCGCUCGUCUUCGUCAUCCUCUAAAAUUGAGACGAUCUCCUAUCGACCCACCUAUCGCGCCGUUCUUGCCAGGAAGGGCUAUCUGGUCCGACAGACUCUGGGAACUGGCAGUUAUUCCAAAGUUAAAUUUGCAAGAUGUUUCGACCACGAUCGGGAGAAAGUCGCAGUGAAAAUUGUCGACAAAGGAAAAGCUCCAAAAGACUUCCAACAAAGGUUUCUCCCUCGUGAAGUGGCGAUUUGGCCACGAUUGAAGCACCCUCAUAUCGUACAAAACUUGGAAAUAUUUGAGGAUAGCCGGCGUCUGUACAUGAUUCUGGAAUAUGCUGAAAACGGGGACGUUUUAAGAUUUAUACAGAGAAACGGCGCAGUCAGUGAAAAUCGCGCUGGUUACUGGGUACGUCAGAUCGGGGAUGCUGUUCGGUAUCUCCACGAAAUGAACAUCACCCAUCGGGACCUUAAACUGGAAAAUCUGUUGUUAGACCCCGACAAUAAUAUUAAGAUAUGUGACUUUGGUUUCGUGAAAGAAGAGACGUCCGAAGAGUUGAGUCGGACGUAUUGUGGAUCAAAGUCGUACGCUGCCCCGGAAAUCCUCAAAGGACAGCCGUAUGAUACGCGUAAGGCCGAUAUGUGGGCAAUUGGUGUCAUCCUCUAUAUACUUGUCACCGGCAAAAUGCCAUUUGACGAGAGUAAAGGAAACAGAGGGGUAUUAGAGGAGCAAAAGAACCUCAGCUUCCCUUGGCAAAAGUUCAAGAAACCUGUGUCGGAAGACUGUCAGGGACUGAUAUUGUGGAUGUUCCGGUAUGAUUACAAUGAUAGACCGGACAUAUAUGGCCUGCUCCAACACCACUGGCUCACGGAACACUGUUCCGCGUCCCCAUCGGACUGUCCGAAGCGUGAAAUUGCAGUAUCUACAGGUCACGUGACAAGGAAAUCCAGCAAGUCUAAUCCUGCUCCGAUCCAGUCCACAAAUGACCAGUGAAUGCUGUCCGCUUGGAUAUUUUAUGUCGGCAAUGCCACGGAGUUACAUAGCUGUUUCUCAUUUGAUCUGAAAAAAGUUCACUUCCGCGGACGUUAUAUCUAAUGGGCCGUCAUCGAUAACAAUAUUUUUUACAUAAUUUUUAACACUAAUUUUACUCAUAGCGUCCAACAUUUAGGGGAUAUUUUAUAAGAACAGUUUAUAAGUUCGUCAAAAAUUAUUUUAUGACAAAAAUCUUGUUGUAAUUAAUGCAUUUCCCAGUGAAUUAUAGGGGAUUUUGAUAAAUCGCUAAAUUUGAGUAUAUUACAUGAAUAUAUGUUUAACAUGAUUUCUACGUUCUAAGUAUUUUAGGUAAUAUUUUUUGUAAUAUUUAACAUUAAUUUUGAUAUAGGCGUUUAUGUUACCGAUACUGUACACCUUGUUUAAUCUCUAUACCUUUGUAAAC